CCCUUGGUGUUAUGACGGGAAAUCCAGUGCUUUCAUUUCAUUUCAUUUCAUACCCUGAGCUCAAAGAUAAACAACACGAAGCAGGAAAAUCCCAGCUUCCACUCACCUGCCACGCUCUGAAAACAAACCCAUGGGUCGAAGCAUCUGCAGAAUAAACUGGAGUGGGAAAGCUUAUAGCUUACAGCUGAAGUCCUCCUCUUGCAAGAUUCCCAGCUGCUGGAAGUGACUUCACGAGGGAACGAAGCAGUCAGGGAUCGAAAACUUGUUCUGGAUGCUUGUCAGCUUUCAGAAUAAUACCAAAACGCUGGACGUCUACAGCAACUUUCACCUCUGGAUCUCAGAUAUCUGAGACGCCUGAUGGGCUCCCUGCAGAAAACAGCCGUCUGCCUCCUGUUCCUGUCCGUUUCCUCAAGUGCCUCCAACAGCAAAUUUGCAAGCUUCAUCUGCAGUGAUGUCAAGACUGAAUAUGACAAAACAGCAGCAAUUUCAUGCAUUGGCAACACAAAGAUUACAAACGUGGUAGUUAAGCGCUGUGAAAGUUGUAAUGAACAGAACUCAUGCUUAGAAACUAUUAUUAACACGUGGAAUGGAAAUUAUUCCAGUGAAAACGGAAGAAUUCGGUUGGUGCUACAGCACAACGUUUCUGAAGUGCAAAUACAGGAAGUAAAAGCAACUGAUCAAGGAGGUUAUAAAUGGUAUCUUUAUUCUGAAAAUGGGGAAGGCAAUAGAUGUACCAACCUUGAGGUUACAGCUCCUGAAAUUGAGCCUGACUUCACUAGGAAUGGAAGAAAGCUCGCCUGUCUGUCAUCUAUAGGGCAUCCACAAAGGCAGAUCCAUUGGUUUGAUGGCCACGGGACUAACCUGACAGGCAGUGCAAGCCUGGUAUCUGAGGAAGCAGAAGGUGGCUUAACCAGCCUUACCAGCACUCUCCAUGAGAAACCCACCUUAACUGCCUCCGAGUAUUGCUGCACUGUGCUGUAUGAUGUGCACACCAAGAGAAGCAAAACCAAGUGCAUUCGUGCCCACAAAGCAGUCACUGAUUACCUUCAUUUUACUUCAACCCCAGAUCAGGAAAUUCUGAAGACCAUGGAAGCUCAGGAAAUUCCAAAGACCAUGGAAGAGCACAUUCCCAUCAUUCUAGUGCUCAUUGUUCUGGUUCUCUGCUGUUUUGCAGCUGUUCUAUACUACAGGCACCGCCAGCGAGCAAUGGCCAGAGGGAGUUUUGCAGACCUAUUAAGGACCCUCCUUCCAAUUUUGAGACAACAUGAAAACGUAGAAGAAAAAUCACUUAACCAAGAAGUGUGAUGUGUGAAAACAAGAUGGCUCCUGAAUGAAAACGAUGAUCCAGCCUGCAGCAAUGCAACUGAAUUUAAGCAAAGCAGUAGAUACAGAAACUCAAAGAUUUAGUACAUCAUGCUAAGCAAUUAAACAAUGUGAAGCAACUAGCAUUUUAAAGACCUUUUUUGUCAGACAUCCCCUGUUUUGCAGACAGAAACCAACGGAACUCCACUGGCCAUCACCUACAGUCCUCAGCUUAAACCUCUCCAACGCAUCAUCAGUGAUCUACAACCUAUCCUGGACAAUGAUCCCUCACUUUCACAGACCUUGGGAGGCAGGCCAGUCCUCGCCCACAGACAACCUGCCAACCUUAAGCAUAUUCUCACCAGCAACCACACACCGCACCAUAACAACUCUAAAUCAGGAACCAACCCAUGCAACAAACCUCGAUGCCAACUCUGCCCACAUAUCUACACCAGCAACACCAUCACAGGACCUAACCAGAUCAGCUACAACAUCACCGGCUCAUUCACCUGCACGUCCACCAAUGUUAUAUAUGCCAUCAUAUGCCAGCAAUGCCCCUCUGCUAUGUACAUUGGCCAAACUGGACAGUCACUACGCAAGAGGAUAAAUGGACACAAGUCAGAUAUCAGGAAUGGCAAUAUACAAAAACCUGUAGGAGAACACUUCAACCUCCCUGGCCACACAAUAGCAGAUGUAAAGGUAGCCAUCUUACAGCAAAAAAACUUCAGGACCAGACUCCAAAGAGAAACUGCUGAGCUCCAGUUCAUUUGCAAAUUUGACACCAUCAGAUCAGGAUUAAACAAAGACUGUGAAUGACUAUCCAACUACAGAAGCAGUUUCUCCUCCCUUGGUGUUCACACCUCAACUGCUAGCAGAGCACCUCACCCUCCCUGAUUGAACUAACCUCGUUAUCUCCACACUGAUUUAUACCUGCCUCUGGAGAUUUCCAUUACUUGCAUCUGAAGAAGUGAGGUUCUUACCCACGAAAGCUUAUGCUCCCAAUACUUCUGUUAGUCUCAAAGGUGCCACAGGACCCUCUGUUGCUUUUUACAGAUUCAGACUAACACGGCUACCCCUCUGAUACUUCUCAGGAAUCUGUUAAUCAAAGAGGUCGAUUUUCUUGUCAUUGCCAUGCUGAUUCAUUCUCUGUUAAUUAAUGCCAAAGUUGGUCUAUGUUGAUUUCUAGUGUCCAAUGAUGAAACUAUUGCUCUGUGCCAAUCAUACAAGUAUUGUUCUGUGCCAAAACUUUUUUUGCCAGCAGAAUCAGUAGAAACCAGAUAAAAAUUUUCAAAUGGAAUUUCCAUUAGCGACAUUUUAAAAAUGUGAACCAAAGUUAUUCUUUUUCCACUUAGGUUGCCACAGGAGCUUGUGUUCCAGAAUUACCUCUAGCAUUGUCUCUGUCUGUGGAUAGCAUUUUCUUUCUUGACAUUUUUUUACUUCAUGGCAACACUAAUUACUUCUGGUUUAUUUCUGUAAGAAAUCCUUUUGAAUUAAUUUUGCAGUAUCAGUGAUAAGAAUACUAUAUUUUUUUCCCAUAAGGUUUUGAACUUUCAUAUGGCUGGAAAGGGCACAUUGGCCGGUGGGUUAGGUCUCAAAUGUUCCCAUCCUGACAGUUACGUAUUUACUAAAGCCAUGACAGUGCUUUCUUUAUGUCCAACACAGAGGUUAACACUGCGUGAGAUCAGGGCUCAGAUUCCUGCCUGAGUGUUGGCGUGUUGUCUCCACUGGGUGCUCGUGCACCCGCACAACUUUAUUAGUUUUUCCCGAGGUGCGGGGGAGCUGCACCAAAUGAAGCCUCAAUCCUGCACUUUGACUCAUAUAGGCAGACUGCAGCGCCUGUGCAAAGCCCAGCUGAUGUCAAUGGGCUCCACGUGGACACAAUGAGAUCACAGUGCAGGAUUGGGACCUGAGAGAUGAGCAUGUUGAAUCUGAUGCACUCUGAGCCAGAAAUGACCCAUAACUCUUGAUGGUGGGGGGGCAAUUUAAAAGUGUGGGGGGGCCACAUGAUCGCCCCAUGUGUUGCCUCUGUCACCUUUCGUGCCCCCCCGUGCCUUCCACACCUGCUCCAAGCCAGCACCAACUUGCCUCUGCUCCCCUCACAGCUACUUCCCACUUACUUCUCCCAUUGCCUCCCCGCUGCGGGCACGGCCCAGGCCAGAGAGGGCUGCGGACACCUACUGCCAAGCAGGUAACUGUGGCUGUGGGCGAGGAAGGGACAGGCUGCUAGCCCAUGAUUGUUCAUGGAGGAGACUUGAUUUCCCUUCACCUGUAUCUCACAGAGCAGGGAGCUGAGGUGAUAUGUGGGGGGAGGGUCACGUGGGGUCAUGUGCAAGCCCCAGAUUUCUGCCAGGGUGGGAGUGGGGCUGAGCGGGGCAUGCCCGAGAAAGGCACCUAGCACUCCCACUGACCUCUGCUAGGAGGUGCCCAUAGCAGGGAAGAGAGACGGGGCUGGCAGUCCACCUAUAUGCAGCUAUAGCUAUGCAAGACACCUACAGUAGAAGACAAUGGAAUAUUUUUUAGUUCCUCGGAGCUUGCUAUUCAUACCAGAAACAAGGGCAAUAAUCAAAGGACAUCUGCUAAUAGGUCUCCCCUGUAUGAUGUUCAACUCCCCUGGUGAUGAUCAGAAGCUUGUAGGACCAAGGCCAUAAUGUGCAACUUCCAAAGUAUAGAAAGUUUUGAACUAAACUACUUGGCUCUGUGCCCCUUUAACCAAUCCUGUAAAUAACUGUAAUCAAAACACAAAUACAAGUUGAUUUGUUUUAUAAUCCAUGGAUCAAUGUCUUCUGCUAAAAUGAGAAUUGCUGGCUGUGGUGUCAUUUUAGCACCCAAUCUACUCAAUGAUAAGAAAGAUUUUCACAUAGAAAUUAAAGAGCCAUUAAAUCAACUUACUGGCAAGUGGGAAAUUAUUUCUCGACAAUUUUAGUCUCUGGAUUCUUUCUGUCUGCUGACUGAAGAGAAGGUUUUAACCAGACAGGAUUUUGUAGUCACCGUUUUGAUUUCUGUCUUAAUUAUUAUAGUUGGAAAGAAGACUAAAAAUGGUUUUAAAAUGGUUUAAAGAUUGUAGAUAAACAAGGUUUCGGGAUUCUUUUCUGGCAAUUGAGGCCUUUAGUACGAAGGACAGUUGUGCUUUAUCCUUCCACCUCUUAGGGUUCAAAAUCUGAAUUACAAUAAUUAGCAAAGCUGAAUGGGUUUCAACCUAAUUCUCCAUUUUGGGGGUAACCAAUGCAUGGGGAAUAUCUAGAGAGAAACAUGGAAAUAAGGCGAAAGAUUGCAUCAGCAGCAGGACAUAGGUCAUUCCAGAAGCCAAGUUCUUCCAUCAGUUCUGCAGUAGGGUGAAUGUUUAUUUCUUUAAAUCUAUAGAAAUGCUAGCAAAGGCACCUAUCUAUCUGGUCUAAGCUUUCUUCACAUAACUCGGAAACAUAUCCUACAUACAGCAGUAUAAUUUUAAGAGAACCACCAACCACCUCUGAGCACUGUAAAUAGUGAAAUCCCCCGCCUUUGUGAUUACCACCUUUAAACACCGGGGGAGGAGGGAAAGGGGGAAGAGGAGUCUCGCAACAUCCACUGAAGAUGAUCAGAUGCGAAGGAAGUGAUUAAGGAAGCAAAGACUAGCACCCAGUCCCGUGUUUCAUUUCAUGUGCUUGGUAGAAGCUCUUGCCACACAAGAGCCAAAAGGAAUGGGCAGAAAGACACAACUCGAGCUGUAGAAGCACAAGGUGUUGGAUGAAAAUGUUUAUACCAGACGGGCUUCUACUCCAGGAGACAAAAAUGGCAAACAAACGUGUUUAAAUGAAGAGUGGGAGGAAGCCUGGGAGAGCUCCCAGCCCUAAAACUUGAGAGCAGAUAGUCAAAGGGAAAUGCACCCCUCUGAUCGUAGGAGGGCAAUCCCCUCUGUCCCGGAACCUGAGUCUGCAAGUUGCAUUGCAGCCCUUACUCAUGUAAACCUUCUGCCAGGUGAAGCCAGCAGCAACAAGGGCCGGGUUCAGUAUCUAGGGGUUCCUUUUCAACAAUACAACACAGAACCGUCUCAAGCCCCCACCCAGUGACCUGGGACAAUUACAAGUACCCCCUGGGCACCUCUAAGAGGCAAUACUUCCCCACUUGCAAGCACAGAGUCUGAGUUUAGCAAAAACUAUUAAUAAAAGGAGGGAAUUAACUCAGCAUUAAUUUGGGAAAACACCACAACCAGGGUUCAUAAACACAAACCAUGAGCAAAAGACCCAUCCUCAAAUAAGUGUCCUUUCCCCUCAGGGUCUUAAAUCCAGCAACCCAAAAGUCCCUUUAGUGUGCCUGUCCCUUCUCUGUACCCCCACUCACAGUUGCUGUCCUUGGCCAGUGCAGUCACAGAGUUCAGAGGUUCACCUGCAGAGUACCUCCCACCCUGUGUGGAAGGCAGGGGUGUUGGGAGUAAGGAGGCACCUUACACUCUGCACUGCUCAGGCACUCGCUCAUCACCCCAAUGGCCUAUUGCCACGCCUCUACGGGGCUCUUCACUGACCCUCUCCAUCAGCUUUUCUGCUGGCCGCUUGCCAUGCCUCUCCGCCAGCUGCCCUGCUAGUCGUGCCUUUUGUUAGGUGCAAAUUCCUAAAGUUUGUGUUUGUAUUAUCAUUGUUUAUUGUAUUUGGGUGGUAUCCAUGUUAUAAUCCAAAAUGGAGUAUUGGUCAUGUGACACGAGGGUUAGCUAGAAUGCUUCCUGCCCUUUUCAACAGUCAGCAGUGGUACAAUGGUAAACAAGUACCAGCUCAAACCAGUUUUGUGCGGGGAUUCCACGGGGUUUCCCCCCUUAGAAUCUUUAUAAGGCCGGCAAUUACCUCAGGUAGGGGCUGCCCAUCCUAGAGGCAGGUGCACGCGUCUUGCUCCAACAGACUGUGGAAGUAGAGAAAGAACUGACAGUGAUUUGAAGGGGAUGUCAAUGCAAACAGUCUCUGUUAGCAAGAGUCAGGCUAGCUGUAACCCUAAUAACACAAGAUUUGUAGAAGCAAGGAUUGUGUGAGGCGAGAGGGAAAGAACUGUGUGAGAAGUUGUUACAACCUUGUGUUAGAUAUGAUGGAAUGUAGACUAGAGACUAAAUAAGUGAGAAAAAUAAGUUAUCAGGAUGACCUAUGUAUAAACCAAAUGCAGCUGUUGCUCAUUAUUGUCUGUGACAAAGGUAUAAAUGCUUGAUGUAAUUGUUUACCUGUAGAGAGACCUGUUUAGCUCUCUCCCUCCACACAAUUGCUAUAGAUAAUAAAGUAUCUG